AUGAAGGUCGCAUUGUAUUUAAUACCAUUUAUUCUAUAUUAUCACGCGAGUGACUGUGUUCAACCAUAUUUUCCAUCACAGAUUGUAUUUUCUCCUGAUAAUGGUGUAACAAUAUUUGCAAUUGAUGAAAUAAAUCAACGUGCUUUAAUCUCUUCGGCAAGUGAAACGUCCUAUGUUAUGAAACAUUUUCCAUAUACAAUUCCCGAUUCACCACAAUCAAAAUAUUAUGUUCAGUUAUUAGUCGAUUUUCCAUCACUUAAUUGUAUGUACGGAACGUAUUGGACAUAUGGUGGAAACAUAUAUGAAUCAUUUCCUUCACAUUGGCGUAAUGGAACUUCAUUUGAAAUAAAAAAUUACAUGAAAUUUUAUUUUCAAAUGAUUUAUUCAAAUGAUUCUUCUCAAGAUGAAGAUUAUUGGUAUUCAAAUGUAACAUGUCGUACUGAUAGUGGACAAAUUUAUCCAUGCGAAGAAAUUUAUUUUAAGAAAAAUACGGAAAUUCCUCUUCGAUUGACUCGAGUUGCCCGUGGAGGAUGGACUGUUAGACAAUUUACAACAGUUUAUAAAGUUAUAUCAAUGGGAAAACCAGAUGAGAAGUUAUUUGAUUCAAUACCAAGAAAUUGGUCGAUCCAGUGUCGCGAUGUUAUGCUUGGGCUUUUAUAUUAUCCACAAACAUCAAAAAUCGAUUUAAAACAAAGUUCACAAGUCCAAGUUUGGCUUACAACUCCACCACAUCGAAUUAAUGGCAGUGAUACUCUUGAAAUUCAAUGGAAACUAACCGAUUGUACCGAUUGUUUUACCUGGACACCGAAAAAAAUUAAUUUUAACAGUGAAAAUUUUCAUGAAAGACAAACAAUAAUCAUCACUCGUGUCAAAGAUGGUCCCAAAACAACGCUUAUUCCAAGUUUUAAUGGUGGAGGAUUUGAUCUUGUUUCACCUCAACUUUAUCCUAUUUAUAUUGAAUAA